AUGGCUCGCUACGGCUUCAUCACACGUUUGAUAACCCUCUGCUUUUCGGUGCAAACGAUCUUUGCUGUGUCCGUUAACAGCGGGUACAAUGCUACCGACAUUCAGGAUACGCUGCAAUCCUUCAGGUACAAACCCCGAAUUUUCAUCCUGUCGGAUAUUCUGAACGAGCCCGACGACUCAAUGUCCCUUGUGCGAUAUCUCCUUUACUCAAAUGAGUUCGAUACAAGAGGUAUUUGUGCUACAACAUCUUGGUGGCUUCAGAAUGCCACUCACCCCGAGCAGAUGCGCACUAUCAUCAAGGCAUAUGGAGAGGUGGUGGACAACCUGAAUAACCAUGUCCACCCAAGCGCUUCGUAUCAGAAUCCCGAUGAAUUACUUGAACUUGUCACCUCCGGGCCAGCGACGUACGGACGAGCUGCCUUGAAUGAGAUGAUUAGCGAAGGCGCACAACACCUCAUUGCCGCUCUCCAAGAGUCGGAAGAACCACUCUAUAUUGGUGCUUGGGGUGGUACUAACACACUCGCUCAGGCACUGCUAUACAUGGACCAAACAUUGUCAGCGUCAGAAGCCAAGGACUUGCGAUCGCGCAUCCGACUCUAUACCAUCUCUGACCAGGACGAUACCGGUGCUUGGAUCCGGGCCCGAUAUCCAGACCUUUUCUACAUUGUAUCCAUCCACGGCUGGAACGACUACAGCCAAGCUACUUGGACAGGCAUCAAUCUGGCCACCUGCGCAUGUGUGGACAACCAGACGGUGCUCAAUCCCUGGCUCGAUGCCAACAUCCGCUUGGGGCCUCUUGGAUCUCAAUAUCCACAGGUAAUGUACGGCAUGGAAGGUGACACGCCUAGUUUCCUCUGGCUAGUCCAGAAUGGCCUCGUCUACCAAGACCGCAUCGAUUGGGGUACAUGGGGAGGGCGAUAUAACCGGCCUGUGGCUGCAGUCAAUCAACUUGGCGGUCUCGACACGAACCAAUUCGUGAACACGGUCGAGACCGUCAUCGGUGCGGAUGGAGGCUCCUACACGGAUCACCGGGCCACCAUUUGGCGUUGGCGAGCGGCUUACCAGGACGAUUUUGCAGCCCGCAUGCAGUGGACCCUGGCGGCAGAUUUCACCAAUGCCAGCCACCCGCCCGUGGUCAACGUGAACGGACACCAAGGGCCGGAGCCGCUGUUCGUCAAGAUCGCGCCCAACCAGACCUACAAGUUCAACGCAAGCUUGACCUACGAUCCGGACAGCCCGGCGGACAACAGCAAGCUAUCUUACGAGUGGACGGUGUACGGCGAGCCGACCGGUUGGAACACAGACUACGGCGACGUUCAGAUGCAGGCCAAUGGUACGCCCGGCGUGGGGGAUAUGGUUUUGGUGAACGAUGCCGGGUUCACAAAUGUGACGGUCGCUAGGGAUAUUCAGAUCACAGCGCCGCAGGUACAGAGGAACACGAAAACUGGACUCUUGUCGGAUUUCCAUCUGCUGUUGCAGGUCACGAACAACGCAGGCAAGUAUCCCAUCCGCCGGUAUUUGAGAGUGGUUCUUGAGUAUGAGCAAUAA